AUGACAGCUUGUACUGCAUACAGUAGAUACAUCCUCGAUGUUGGUCAAUCUGAGGAUUGGCUCGCAUUGCAAAUGGCUCUUGCGCCUUGUUUAAUUGGUUACGGAGCCAUUGCCCAGAGACUGUACACGGACAAGGACACUCUUCGGCAGGGCAACCGUUACUGGAAGUGGAUAGAAAACUACGUUGCGGAAGACUACUCGGAGGCAGUUCGACUGGGAUCUGAACUUCUUGAGAGACACAUGCGCGAGGUUUCUCCGAGCCGAAUGGAAGAGCUGAUUCAGAUCUUUAUUCGGGCAACGGAGUUAGAGAUCAGAUUCUGGGACAUGGGGUUGGGAGCUCGAUAG